AUGAACAGCGCCUGCGGACUAGAGGACAAGAACAUUGUCGUCGUCGGCAUGUCAAGUACUGCCUCCGAUAUCAUAAACAGUCUCUUGACAGUCACCCCAAAAGUCUACAUGUCGCAUCGCCGGGGCGGAUACAUCUUUCCAACAUGGCGCAAAGGCGUACCGGGCGACCUGAACGUGACAUGGAGGCGCCGACAGAUCGUCGCAUUCUUUCAGCGCCACCUUCCAGGACUUUAUCAGUGGUGUACAGAUAAAGGACUCGCAUGGUUCAUGAGUAACCAUUGGGGAAAGCUCGAUCCCGCAUGGAGGAUAACUCCCGCUCCUUCAAUCGCCUUGUCGCUGCCUGGUGCUUCCAACAGCAUAGUACCAUUACUCAAGGAAGGCAAGAUUGUGUCGAUGCACGGUAUCAGGCGUUUUCUAAGCUCUCGUUCGGUUGAGUUCAACGACGGCACUGUCCUGGACGAUGUCGAAGCUGUGAUCUGCGCAACAGGAUACAGUGCAGACCUCGAAGUCGCGCCAUUUCCCGAAAAGUCUCGCCCGCCAGACUAUCAAGGCCCCGAACUGGUGCGAUUAUGGAUGAAUAUCUUCCCGCCUCAAUACGUCGACUCCAUGGCGCUUCUCUGCCACUCGGCAUACGGCAAGAACAACGGCUUCUCCUUCAACGAUGUGCAAUCCAUGGCCAUCUCCAACAUCUUUCGAGGCGUGCAUCCUCUGCCAUCACGGGACUCCAUGAAUGCAUGGAUUAAUGCCCAUCACUCAUGGCUCGCGUCACGGUUUCGCGCGGAACCGCUUGGUUUCAAUGCCUCGGCCGUCAAGACAUGGGAGUUCCAACAAUUCCUGCACGAUGCUGCCGGCACGGGCAUGGAGAACCUUGGCUACAGAUGGAAGGGGUGGAAAUUCUUCAUCCAUGAUCCAAAGAUGUCGUUGCUCAUGAACAAUGGAGUUGAAACAGCGCAUGCGUUCCGCUAUUUUGAGACAGGAAAGAGGCGGACGUGGGAGGGCGCGAGGGAAGCCAUCAUCAAGGCAAAUGAAGCGGUGAAGGUGUAUCCAUUGAAAGAAGACGAAAAACAGCUUUGA